AUGCCCCCUCUCCCGUCUUCCUCGCCCAGGAAGGGGCAGAGGGGCUGCCCUGGCCCGGCGCGCCCCAACGCAAGCGGAGCUGCUGGGGGGGUCGAGCCAGCGCCCAACCCGGGGUCCCUGCGGGGCGCCCCCCACUCCCCCAGGACCGAGGGGAGGCAGACGGAGAGAGCCUCCUCCGGCGGGCGCGGGUGCAAGCGAGCGAGAGAGCUCGACCGCCCGCUGCACCGCCGCGCCUGCACGCUACAGGGACCGUCUUCUCUGCGCAGGCGCGUCCCUGCCCAGCUGGUCCGGGCAUGCGCAGAAGGGCAAGGGACGCUCGCCUCUUCCCCGACGACGCCAGGACUUGGCUUCCCCCUGCCGGGCGCCUCUGGGAGAGAUUGGGCUGCGAUCCCCAUCGCCCCCGGCGGACGCGUCCGGGGGUUAUGGGGAAAGUGGGCCCGCGGCUUCCAUGGGGCGCCAGGUUGCGCCGAGAGGCUGCGGCCCUCUCAGGCGAGGCAGAGGCAGCCCGCCAGAGCCGCUUCUGCGCAGGCGCGGCAGCUCGGGCGUCCAUCCGGGUCUUCCGCUCCCGGUUGCCGGGGCGGUUGCCAUAGUGCCCGGCCGGCCGUUCGGAAGCGGGGCGAUAGUGACGGCGUGGCUGGGCCUGUGGUCCCCGGGCGCCUUGCCGGCAUGUCGCAGGUCCCCAGCGAGGCCGCCGCGGAGCGGGAGUCGCCGCGGGGGGCGGGGGCAGGAAGCGGGGAGCUUCUCCGGGAAAGGCGUGAAGGCCGCUGGGGCUUACGGGAGCGUUUCUCCCGCCUCCGAACCGGCGGGCGGGGAGACUGCGCUGAUACUCGCCUAUUCCCACGUUACAGAGCAGACCCGGACCCUGAACUCCGGGGCUGCCCCCACAGCACCGGCCUCUCCCGGCGCCUCGGGCUCCGGAAGGCGGGGUGGAAAUCCCGUGCAGAACCGCCGCCUCCUCCGCUGCUGCUUAGACUGAAGGAGAUACUAUCUCGCAGGCCUGCAAAAUCUCCAAGGUCUCCAUAUACCUCUAACCCAUGCCUCCAUUCCAAAAGGGUCGGGUUUCUGAGGUCUUUUAAAGGCACGGAGAGUAGACGCUUUGAGAUUCCCUUGGCGAAAGCCUCAAGGCAGCAUUGGCGUGGAUCUCUGAAGCAAAGUACCUGGAUGAGCCAGUCCAAGUCUGAGAUUGACAUCAGUCCCACCUCGUCUCCUCUUCCUGGCAGCACACCUGAAUAUCUCAAGGAAGCCUUGGGCAUGAGGAAGCCGAAACAUGCUCGCUCGGCCAGCCGUGGGUAUAUUCCUGGAACUCCAGAUUACAAAGAAAAAGAAGAUAUGUAUGAUGAAAUAAUAGAACUGAAGAAGACAAUCCAGGCCCAGAAAUCCGAAGCAGACCGGAUGAAAACCAAGCUUCGGCGGCUAGAGGAGGAGAAUAACCGGAAGGACAAACAAAUUGAGCACCUCUUGGAUCCCAUCAGGGGUUCUGAAUCCAGGUGGGCACAGAUGGAGCAGAAAAACGAGAGCAGUCAGGUGAUACACGCUUUGAAGCAGAAGAUUCUGAGUCUAGAACAGCAGUGCAAGGAGAAAGAGAGCACUAUCAACCAACUCCAGACGGAUAUAAAGAAGAACGAAGUGGAAGAAAUGACCGUUGCCCUGCACACCUGCUACGAGGAGACCUGGUUGAUCACAGAGAAGCCCAAGCUGAUACUUCCUUCGCCCUCGGAGGUACCAGCCAAAAAGCAUCCAUUGGGGAAAUGGUCGGAAAAUCGGGUCCAGUCACAUGGUGUUUCAACUUACGACCACGAUGACUUACGAUGGGAAUUCCAGGUUAAUGUCCUCUCCCCUUUACAGAUCCGGCGGCUCCAGAAUCUGCUGACAAAAUCAAAAGCCGUACAACGAAAAUCCUCAGAGAGCUGGCGGCAGAAGGUGCUCAGCACUGCUGUCUUCCAGUUGUCCAAAAGGAUGAAGGAGCUGCAGGAUCAGAACGGAAAGCUGAAGGCGGAUCUGGACCACACCCUGAGCAGCCUCCUCGCUUCCAGCCGAGCCAAACAUUACACUGACCGCAGGAGACAGGAGCCGGUCCAGCAGAUUUCAGAGGGGGGAAAAAAAAGGGGUGACGGGUUGCGGCCUUCAGAGGCCAGCACGGUACCGCCUUUCCCUCCCACGGCUCCUGAAGAAGUGGAUCGCUCAGUUGCUAAGGAAUCCUAUCUCCCAGAAGCGCGGGAGCCUCUCUGCAAAAUCUUGGAGGGGCUGAGAGACCAACGGCUGGCCCUUCAGAAUCAGCUGGCAGUUAAAGAGGAAGAAAUCCAGCAGCUGAGAGGGAGGUUGAGAGAACUGGAAGAAAACCAAGAAACCAGCCGUAGGCAGGCUAGAGUCGAUGUGACACAACCUCCAGAUCAGACCCCAGAUUCAUCUUCUGAGCUGUGCCCUUUGCUUAGAGUCAUUGGUUGCGAGGAGGAGGAGGAGGAGGAGGAGGAGGAGGAGGAGGAGGAGGAGGCAGCCGUGAGACUCAUCCAGUCUGCAUUCAGGGCUCACAUCACACGUGCACAACUUGAGGAACAGUAAGUUGGGAAUAGAUGAUUUUAACGUGGCUCCGGUGUUGCCCUUCAUAGCCUGGGUGGUCCUGCCACUGAGUCAAGGCUGU